CGGCGAGCGCAACAGCCAUUACACAGCGCGUGAGGAAGGUCGGAAGCGCGACGAGUCAACGGAAAAAUCAUCAACUGCGGACACCGUCAAAAGACAUCUAUCAGUUACCGCCAAAUCUAGAUAAAAAAUACCCGUGACACGGGAUUUCGUGUUUAAUGAGCUGAUAUCCGAGGUUAACAGCGGUGUUUGGUGGCUGUGUUUCGCGUCGGCCCAGCGCAGCGCGAGAGUGUGGCAGCGCGCUCGCUGCUCGUUCAAUUAACGAAGAAUCUGUGAGGAUUACCGCGGAAUCGCGCCGGUGAUGGAUGAUAAAGCGUUCACCAAAGAAUUAGACCAAUGGAUCGAACAGCUGAAUGAGUGCAAACAGCUGACCGAGAACCAAGUGAGAACACUCUGCGAGAAGGCUAAAGAGAUUCUCACUAAAGAGUCCAAUGUGCAGGAGAGUGUGUUUAAGAUAUGUGGCAUCUAUAUAAAACAUGAAAUAUUUGGCUGGUUUAUGGAGAACGGCUGCACAUCUGUGUGUGUGUUUCAGGGACCCAUGUGUGAUCUGCUGUGGUCAGACCCUGAUGAUCGCGGUGGCUGGGGAAUCUCUCCACGUGGAGCUGGUUACACGUUUGGACAGGACAUUUCUGAGACCUUCAACCACGCUAACGGCCUCACGCUGGUGUCCCGCGCUCAUCAGCUGGUCAUGGAGGGAUACAACUGGUGUCAUGAUAGGAACGUUGUCACUAUCUUCAGUGCGCCAAACUACUGCUAUCGCUGUGGCAACCAGGCAGCCAUUAUGGAACUGGACGAUACUCUUAAAUAUUCAUUCCUUCAGUUUGAUCCAGCUCCUCGACGCGGAGAACCUCACGUCACCCGCCGCACCCCUGACUACUUCCUAUAAGCGAGCACUGGCCUGCCACGAAAGAGCUCUGAAGCAAGCGCAAAAUGAUGACAAAUCUAAACGUCUAUAUAUCUAUUCAUCCAAUGUGUAUAUAAAAUGGGAGAAAUGUUCUGACACUGCAACACUAACACGGACCAAAAUGUGCCAUACAAGCAUUUAAUGCCCAAAUCCGAUCGCUUUGUCUCAGUACUGCUACAAAGUGUUUCGUUUUAGCCUAUAGUGCAAAUUGCCUGCUGUAUACAAUAGAGAUGCUCCUUUCGUUCUUCAAUUGUAAAUUACUCGGAGUAAAAAAAAAAAUCACAGUAUCACUGGAUUUAAAAAAAAGUCCUUUAAGUUGGCAAUGCCAGGCAUGUGAAAAACGGUAACAUUUCAUACAAGUGCACAAGCUAACAUCCUUUCCUGUAUCUUCACCAAAAAAAAAAACAAAAAAAAAAUCCUAUUGGGAAGGAAUGUUGAAACCGAAGGAUGUGCCUCUUCCAUUUUGGGAGUGUAUACACAAGUGUAUAUGGACUUUAUCUGACUGUCCCUCUUUGUCUGAUCUUACCAUUUUCUUUUCUUUUGUGUUACCUGUCUUCUGUAUUUGUCAAUAAGUGAUAGCCUCUUCUUUGGUGUAUUUGAACUAAUAAACUACUUUUAAUCACAAGCUACUCCAAA